AUGAAAGCAAUAAUUUUAUCGGGAGGUUAUGGUUCUAGGCUUCGCCCAUUAACUCUUACAAAGCCCAAGUCAAUUGUUGAGUUAUGUAAUAUCCCAAUCAUAGAAUUCCAAAUUGCACAGUUUGCUAAUAUUGGGGUAACUGAUAUAAUUGUAGCACUUAAUUACAAAGCUAACGAACUUAUCCCCACACUAAAAAUAAUUGAAGAUAGGUAUGCAAUAAAGAUCCACUUGAGUAUCGAGGAAAAGCCAUUAGGCACUGCAGGCCCAAUUAAAUUAGCACAGAAUUUCUUAAAAGAAGACGAACCUUUUUUUGUUUGCAAUUCAGAUAUAAUAUGUAAUUUCCCAUUGAGAGAAAUGCUUAAUCUUUAUCAAAAAAAGAACGUUAAUUCUGAAUGUAGUGGUGUUAUUCUUAUUAAACAAGUUCCCGAUCCUUCAAAAUUUGGGGUAGUGUUACAUGACGAGAAUACUCUCAUGGUAAAAAGAUUUAUCGAAAAACCGAAGGAUUUUGUCGGAGAUUUUAUUAACGCAGGAAUUUACAUUUUAUCGAAAAAAAUACUUGGUCUUAUUAAACCUGAUCAACAAGUUUCUAUAGAAAAAGAUGUAUUCCCUAUCAUGGCAUCUUCAAAUACGCUUUACUGCAGUAAAUUCUCUACAGAUAAUGCUAACAUAUGGGCAGACAUAGGAAAUCCGAAGGAUUUCCUAUUGGGAAGCAAAUUAUUUAUGGAAUUUCUUAAAUCUAAUUUGGCUCCAGCACAGAGUCUGCAUAAAGAGGAAUACGAGUCUAAGAUAGAAUUACUUAAACAGCUCCUUAGGGAAAAUCAGCUAGAAUUGUCUUCCGAUUCAUCGGAGCUCAAGGUCACAGGAAAUGUUGUUAUUCAUUCCACAGCUUUAAUAGGGAAAAAUUGCAGUAUUGGUCCUAAUGUUGUUAUUGGAAAGAAUUGUAAAAUUGGGGAGGGUGUAAGGUUAAAGGAUUGCGUAAUAUUUGACAAUACAUAUAUCGGCAAUUAUUCAAACAUUUCUGAUUCAAUUAUUGGAUGUUAUUGCAAUAUUGGGAAUUGGGUGAGAGUAGACGGAUUGUCUGUAUUUGGGGAUGAUGUAAACGUCCAAGACGAGUUAUUUAUUAACUCCACUAUUAUACUUCCUAACAAAAGUGUGACAGCAUCCAUCAAAACUCCGGGCACGAUCUGUUUAUGA